AUGGAUCAGCCGAAGCCGAAAAAGUUCUCCAUCUUUACUGGCUUGCAAUUCGCUACAACCGGAGCCGCGACCUUGUUGAUGUUAAGAUGUUUCAAUCGCUUUAUAUCGCACGCUCAACGUGGUCGAGCCAUAGUCGGUUGUGCAGGAUGUUUGUAUUUGUCAUUCGCAAAUGAGUUGGGUUGGUUUCCAUUCUCGCUUGUGGCCGUCGGCAAAACAUCGACUCGAAAUAAUCAAGAGGCAGUUCGCGAACCGAUUCGAACAUAA